CCGCCGCACGUAAUCGCUAGACUGAAAAUGGCGGAUGUUGUGUUUAAAAAGUUCGAGUGAACAUUAUUCUCCGGAACUCAGGCUUUUUUUCACAUUUUAACGAUAUUUUGAUUGAGUCAGGGAAUUCCUGAUUUUGUGUAAAUACUUGUUGAUUAAUUGGAGGAAUCGGUGGAGCUUGAUAUCACCAAAAUUACAGUUACCGUGGAAAUGGAGUCGAGGACUGAAUUUAAAAUAAAAAAUCCACCGACAGAUGCAAUAUCUGCGGUGGAAUUCGGUCCGAACUCCACGCAGUUCCUUUUGGUGUCUUCCUGGGACUCUUCAGUGAGAUUGUAUGAUAUUCAUGCUAACACAAUGAGACUGAAGUAUAAUCACGAGUCUCCAGUGCUCGAUGUUGCCUUCCAGGAUGCAGUCCAUGCAUACAGCGGUGGUCUGGACAACACAUUAAAAAUGUACGACAUAAAUGCAAAUACUCAGACCAUCAUGGGAACUCACGACAAUGCGAUACGUAAAAUCGAGUACUGCUCGACUGUAAAUGCGAUAUUGACUGGUGGCUGGGAUGCUGCAGUAAAGUUAUGGGACACACGAUCACCGACUUGUGUUGGCACCUACAUCCAGCCGGAUGUAGUUCUAGCACUGUCAGUUUGUGGUGAUAAAUUUGUGGUGGGAACAGCUAAGAGGAAGGUCUGCAUUUGGGAUCUGAGGAACAUGUCUGGAAUGUUCCAGAGGAGGGAGAGCAGUCUCAAGUAUCAGACUAGAUGUAUUAAGGGUUUUCCUAAUGAACAGGGAUAUGUACUUAGUAGUAUUGAAGGUAGGGUAGCAGUGGAAUACCUGGACACCACCCCGGAGGCCCAAAAGAAAAAAUACGCUUUCAAAUGUCAUAGGAUAAAAGAGAAUAACAUUGAGUGUAUUUAUCCAGUGAAUGCCAUUAGCUUCCACUCAACGUAUAACACAUUUGCCACUGGUGGUUCAGACGGUUACGUCAAUAUCUGGGAUGGGUUCAACAAGAAAAGACUGUGCCAGUUUCACAGGUACAAUGCCGGAGUGGCUGCCCUCAGUUUCAGUCACGAUGGCUCAGUGCUUGCCAUUGGUGUCUCGUUCUUAGAUCCCAAUGAAAGUACCACACACCAAGACGAGAAGGAAAUUUACAUCAGAUACGUUAAUGAUCAGGAAACAAAGCCCAAAUAAAAUUAGAAUAACUCAGAAUUUUUAAUUGAGGAAUGAAAAAAUGUUGACGAAUGAUUGACGAAUUUUAAUCAAUGCAUUUAUAACGUACAACUAAAUUUGGAAUUGUAAAAAACUGAAUUGGAUAAUUUAUGGAUGUCAUCGACGGACUGGUGAAUAAAUAGAAGAACAUUUAUUACAAUAAUGACAUUUGAUUCAUUCUCCUAUGAAAAAACACGAGUAACUCAGAAUUGGAAUUAACGAAGGAUUACCAAUAUCUACCAAUUUUAAUCACUGAUUUUAUAAGUGCAACAAAUGUCGACUUAUAAAAAUGACUUGAAUAACUUGUGGAUAACACUGAAGGGCUGUUAAAUAAAUCGAAGAUCAUAAUUUUUUAAAAAA